ACGGAUUAGUGGUAGAUAUAGGCUUUACAGUGUAGUAGGCAUCCCGUUCCUUCUCGUCAACGGGAAAGACGAAAAUCCUCCCCGUGAUUUGCCUUCGUCAAUACUCCGCCAGAAAAUUCCAGAGAAAGAGAGAAGGACUAGGAAGGGAAUCGUACAGUUAUUAGGCACAUGGCUUGGCUGACACGAUUCUUGGCAGCGGUGGCUUUCUUAGCCAUCGGCGUGAUAUUCUCGCCGGAGACUUUCGGAUCAACGUCAGAGGGCCAGAAUUCAUCGAAACUAUCAGUCUACCUGAAGCUAGUUCAUCUCCUCAGCUUCUCCACGGCGUGGGGCGCCGCUCUCUGGGUCACCUUCAUUGGCGGAAUCAUCAUGUUCAAGAAUCUACCAAGGCAUCAGUUUGGAAACCUACAAAGCAAGAUGUUUCCUGCAUAUUUUUCUUUGGUGGGUGUGUGUUGCGCGCUGAGUGUGGCAGCCUUUGGUUAUUCGCAUCCAUGGAAAUCAUCUGCCACUGCAGAGAAGUAUCAAUUAGGGUUUCUACUCUCUGGUUUUGCUUUUAAUCUCACCAAUUUGUUUGUCUUUACGCCCAUGACCAUUGAGAUGAUGAAGAAGAGGCACAAAGUGGAGAGAGAGCAGAACAUUGGGGAUGAAAUCGGGUGGACAAAGAACAAAGAAGUUGCAAAGGUUAAUCCACAGCUUGCAGCCAUGAACAAGAAAUUUGGAAUGAUUCACGGGUUAUCAUCGCUUGCUAAUAUCAUGGCCUUUGGCAGUCUUGCUAUGCAUUCGUGGUACUUGGCUGGGAAGAUCAAUCUGUAAUUUGAUCUUCAUCUCCAUGGGAAGAGGAAGUUAUUUUAUAAAUGGAGAGAGAUUGAAAAUAGCUGCAGAAAGACUUUGUUAUCUUCCUCUUAGAUGAACUGUUUCAAGUAUUUCACCCUGAAAGCCAUGUAAGAUCAAACGUUAUGUCUGUGCAUCCUGUUAAUUGAAAAUAAGUGUUGGUCAAAUUUUCUAUUGAAUUAUCAUCUGCAUAGUAUUUGAGACGAGCA